UCUAGUUUUUUAAUUGUAAAAUAAGGCUUUACGAAAAUGGCGACCGACACUUUGAAUUAUCAAAACCCGUGGGAACACACAGCACCGGGUGUACUGGGUGUAAAUCGGGAUACCAUGCUGCAAAAUGAACUUCUUCUGAGGACUGAACUUGGAAAACCAAAAAGAAGAGGUAUCAUUGUACCAGCUGGGUUAACUUACGGCCGUCCUAAUGGUAUGAGAGAUGGUGGAUCAUCAGAAGCACUUCAUGGUUGGCCAACACUUACCAACACAACUUUGCCGUUUAAACGAAAAGAAAAGAAAGCAGACAGAGAUUUUAUGUCACUGAACAGAGCUGCUGUUUCUGCUGGUCUAGUCACUGCUAAUGCACAGUACGAGUUUAGAGCAACACACGACGUUAGACGUAAAAAUCAGAGUGAAGAUGGUCAAAGAAGUAGAACCCGUAGAAUGCCUCCGAGUAUGGUAUAUGGAAUUUCAACAAGACCAUCUACCCCAAUCUUUGACCUUUUAGAGCAUAAAUACCAAGAUAAGUGGCUUGCUGAAAGACGGAAGUUAGAAAUGGCUAAGAGACAGGAAGAAAGCAAGAUGGGCAGAGAUAUACACUCAGCGGGAAUACUUAGCUCUAUACAAAAAAGAUCCCCAGGUCAAGUUUAUGAGACUCGCGCCUCCUUGUUAAGGACAUACCAGAACCCUGUUGAUGCUGACACAUUAUGGCAGAUGCCCAGGUUUACCAAAGAAGCAAGACCAAGCCUCCAGACUUUCAGAUCAGCUCAGGCAAGAAGAUCAGCUUACGACAACUUUGAUUCGGACAAAAUCUCAAGAAAAGGCAAUUUCGGACAUGGAACAUAUGAAUCUGCAAAGAACUAACUAUUUUUUUUAACUAGAAUUUAUUUAUAGUGUAAAUCAAAACUGUGAUAAAUAUAUAAAGAUUAAGACUGAAUCUGUUACAAUUUUGAUUACCGUCCUUUCCAAUAUAUUAACGUUAAACUAUAAGAGUGUGAAACAAAGCUCACACUUUCAUUUUCUUUUGAGAAAGUGCAGUUUUGUUGUUAAGAAGAAGAAAAAAUGGUCUAAAAAAAUUUGUCAGUUUCUUCUGAUUCAAUUUUUCAUCGAGGCAAAGCAAAAGAAUUGGUUACUGUAUACCACAAACAAAUAUUUGAAGACAUUUUUCUGAAGCUCAGUAUUCACUGGAAGUUACACUUACUUUGUAUUUUUAUAUUUUCUCAUUUUAAAAUACAUGUGAUGAAACAAUGGUUCUGUAAGAUAUGUAGCAGUAUUGUCACCUUUUACUUUUACAACUCAGAAUUAUUAGCUCAGUAUUAUAGAAGGCUAUUAUUCCACCUUUAAAUACUCUUCCAGAAAAUAUGAGUUACCUGUUGCAUAGACAGUAUUGUUAAAACAUUAAUUGCUUGUUGUUUUUUAUUUUUAUAAAAGGAUAGCAAAAAAAAGUAUUUUGUCAUCAGAAAUUAGCAGUAUUUUUAAAUUCAAAUUAUUUUGGCAAUAUCAGGAAGUUGUAGCAGCCUAGAAAAAAAAACGAAAUAUAUCACAAAAUGUAAAUUUAAUUCAAUACUUGAAAAAAAUGUGAUUUUUUUUAACAAUCUUAAUAGUUUACUUCCAUAUUGGCUCAAAAAUGGUGUUUAUCAUUUCAUUCCUAUGUUUAAAUUUUUCAUAUACUUGAUAUUUUAUAUCAUUCUAUAUUACAUGAUCAAAUAUAUAACAAAUUAUUGUUAUAAAGGAAAGAGUAGAUAUAGCUCAACAGAUUAAUAUCUGUAAUUAUCCUAAUUUUAUGAUAUUAAAUGCGUUUUAGGUAAAAAAAAAUGACAUACUACUGCUGCUUAGAACUCGGAUUAAGAGCUGCUGAUGAUUUUUGGGAAAGUUUAUGUUUAAAAAAAACCAAGCUCGCCCAGUUUGUUAAAGAGUUAUUAAAGAGUUUUUUCCUCCCUCAUAUUUACUGUUUUUAGAUAAUUGCCAUAUAUGUAAAUAUGCUCAUCACUAUGUGUGUGUGUGUGUAUUGUAGUGUGUUUUCAUUAUUGUGUUAAGCAAUAUUAUGACUUUACACAUUCAAAAUAUGCAUGUUUUACACAUGCAUAGAUUUCCUUCCCAUUCUUUUUCAAACUGUGAUUCGUCUUUUUUUUUAAACCAGUAUUUAUAUAUAUAUUUUUCUUUCUUAUAUUAUCAAACACUGAACACUACAUUUUAUAAUUUAUUGAAUUUGUAUACUGUUUUAUUUAUUUUACCCAUGCAAAUAAAAUAUUGCCUUUAUUCACAGCUGUGGAGAAAACACUUUCAGAAAUAAAUAGGCAUUUCAUUUUUAUUUUAUUUUGAAAGUAUAUUUUGUCCUCCAGAAACAAAGUUUGUAAAAAAAACAAUAUUGAGUAUUGAUUCACUUCACAGAAUUAAAUGGGAUCAAAAACUGUUUCAGAAGUUUUGAAUAUGAACUUUUUAUAGGCCAACCAAAUUUUGUUACAUUUUACUUAUACAUUUCCAAUGGCUACUUGUAACUAUAAGUGCUGUAGUUUCAAAGUUGUAACAUUCUAGUCUUUCGUACGUAGUUUUAGAAAAAUAUACAAAUAAGUAAACAGAGGUUUAAGUAUUAGGAAGAAAAAAACAUUGAAAGAUCGAAACAUAAUACGUCAUUCAAAAUCUCUACCUCUAUUUUCAUUUAUGUUACAUGUCAAUGUUGUACCAUCUUUAAAAUAUUUUGAAUUACAAUUUGUAUAUAUAAAUAUACAUCGGAAUUCAAGAAAUGGUCAAAACUAAUCGCUGUAUAAGAUGAAUUUUCACAUAGAUUUUUUUCUAAAUUUUGAAAUAGCUAAAAUAAUUUAGAUCUGGUAUGAAACGGCAUUGUAUAAACGUAGGUUAAAAUUACUAGAAUAUAGAAGCUAUAGUCUUCACUGUAAAGAAACCUUCACGUGUAGUGAAAAAUAUUCAAGAUUUAGUUCUCUCCUUAAUUUAUGAAGACAAUUCAUAAAAAUAGUGAAUUACCAUUCCAUGUUUAUUAACAAUGAACAUCUUAAUUUCAUUUCUUUAAUCUGAUAGAAAGUUAUCAUAUUUUUUACAAAGUUACGACACCAAUAAGAUAUGAUUAAAAGAAUAUAAUAUUUAUAAUAACUCUUUUAUCAGGAAAUAAAUUGCAUGUACACCUCUUCCCUUAAGAAGAAAAAAUUAAUUAUUUAGUUACUAGAGUUUUUGUUAAAAAAAAUUUUGUAAUAGAAGAAACUAGGUAUAUGUCAUUAUUUGUACAAAAUGUAGGUAGAGUAGAAAGGUAUUUUUGGACUGUGAUAUUCUGUAUAGAAAACUGCAACUACAUCGUUUGUGAUACAUUCAGUGUCAUCGCAUUGAAACAAAAUAAAAUAUUGUUGAAUUGUA